AUCCUCCCAAUUUUUUUGGUUUAAGAGUUUUGUAAAGGAGAGAAUUUAAGAAUUGUUGCUUCAAUUAUAGUAUUCGCCGAUCUCUUCAUCUUCCUCAACUCACUCUUGAGUCCUGACUCUCCUCUUAAAACUUUAGAAGAUGGAGGAGUUAACGAGCAUGGAUUUCUCUUUACUUGGCGACGCAAUUGCUUCAAAAUCCUACGAUAAGAUCGCUGAUAUCUGUGACAACUUGAUGCUUCAGGUUUCUGCUGAGGGCGUCGCUUUCCAGAACGAUUGGCCGUACUCAAUUCAUCUACUCGGCCACAUUUAUGCCGCCGACAUUAAUAGCGCUAGAUUUUUAUGGAAAUCUAUACCAUCAGCAGUGAAAGAGAAUCAGCCGGAAGUAGUCGCAAUUUGGUGUAUUGGUCAGAAGCUUUGGAAAAGGGAUUAUGCUGGAGUUUAUGAAGCUGUUCGCUCUUUUGAUUGGAGCCCUCAAAUUAAACCCCUUAUAGCUGCCUUUUUAGAUAAUUAUACUAAGAAGAUAUUUCAGCUGCUGGUUGCUGCUUACUCUACCAUUAGUGUUCACGAUACAGCACUCUAUUUGGGUAUGAGUGAAGAAGAUGUGACGAACUAUGUUUUGCAGGAGGGUUGGAGUUUGGACUCUGCUGCCAGAAUGUUUACUGUGAAAAAGCAAGAUAUAGUAGCAGAGCAGAAAUUGGAUCCCAGUAAACUGCAACGCCUGACUGAAUACGUUUUCCACCUCGAACAUUAGCUGAUAAACACUGAGCAGAAAUCGGACUCUCCCUUUAUCCAACAAUUUGUUAAGAUAGGCGACAAACAUGGAUUAUUCUACUCUAGUAAUGGUUUGAGAAUCUAGCUUGAUUAUUGCAUUGAUAAUGGUGAAAAAUUUACUGUACUCCCAGGAGCAAGGUGCACACGGUGCAACGUGCACCCAGUACAUUAUGUUCCAUUUUCGAUGACCAAAUAUUUUAUUUUAACAAAUGUUCGUUUUAAGCA